AUGUCGGCCUUCGGAGUCACAACUGUACAUGUUGUCUCUGUCGGCAAAUCUCGCUAUCGGAAUCUAUACGAAUCUAUCGCCACGUCGGCCUGCCCGCCAUUCGGAAUCCACUACUUUUUCGACAUCUCGCACUUCCUAGCUUCACGUGUCGGCGCCGAGUUCAUCGCUCUGCAGGAAUCUCGCCAUCGCAGUAGCCCUGUCUGGGCUCAUACCUUGGCUAGGCAGUGGGGCUGGCGCGCCCAUUUCAGUGCUCCUCCCCCGGCCCAGCGGGCUAACAGUGUGCGGCAAGGUGGCGCUGCUUUGUUGUGGCGGCGAAAGGACAAGUCUGUUCCUCUUCAGUUCUCCCUCACGAGUGCCGAAGCUCACCGUGCUUGCGGGCGUGUCUUCGGGGACCUGACCGUCGUUUCCUUUUACGGUAAUGCGUCCCGGCUGGAUUUGCCGACUGUCUCGAGCGUCCUGCGCUCCACGCUUGAGCUGCGGACGCCGUGCUUGAUCGUCGGUGAUUUCAACUACAAAACGGCUUACGGCGACCUUGCCUCGGCUUUGGGCGGCUCGCUGUCUCCGGUUGUGCAUAGUGUCCAAGGUUCCGACAGGGCCGCUCCCUCUCGGGCCGUCGCUUUCUACGGUGUUCCUGUCGAGACUGCCGUCACGUCUUGCCGGCCUCUUGCUGGGGUGCCUCGCCACAAGGCGGUGUGUUACCGAGUCGUUUUGCCUGGUUCUCAAGGCGGCGAAGCGUCUAGGUCCUGUGUUGAGCCUGUGCUCCGUCUCCACAGGUGUGCUUCUUACUCCUGGCACAAGAAACCCUCUGCCGAACAAGCCCAACAGCUGCAGCGUGUUGCCCAACUCGGCUCUGCACUCUGUGACGACCCGAUUGCUUCUUUGGAGAACUGGCACCAGCGGGCCGAAGCUGUGUGCGAAGAGGCUGUGCGUCUUGGCCUUGCUGCUUGUGACAGGCCUCCGGAGAGGCCCAAAGGCUCGGAGCCCUCCUGUCGGCGCGUCUCUGCCGUGUCGUCGUUGCGUCCCAACGAGUCUGUCUUGCUUCGCCGCUGGAAGAGGGUGCACAGGGCCGCCGUUGAAAGGCAAGCUUCUCAUCACGGCAGUGCUCCUUUAAGUGUGUCUCAGGUUCGGCACUGGAUUGCUUUACUUGGGCAUGCCGCCAACCUCCCGGCUAGUCAAGCGGAAGCCAUUGGUGUUGCCAGUGCUGCGGUGAAAGCCGAGGCCCAGCGGCUCCAAAACGAAAGCUCCAAACGCUGGCGCCGUCAGUUCUGGACUUCUUCGGCGUCUGCUGUCCAGGCAGGGGCCGAGGAGUGGGAGAAGCUGUGGUCCAAAGUCCACCCUGCCCCGCAGGAGGCGUGGGACGAGGUUGCUAGUGCUGCCGGUUUGAGCCCUGCGGUUAACAGCCCUGUGUUUCAGCCGCCGACUGCGGAGCAGUUCCGGCAGUCUAUAGACAGUUGCUCGGGCAGCGCUGGCUUUGACGGCUGGUCCGCCAGCGAGCUGAAAGCCCUCGUGCACUCGUGCCCUGGUCUUUUGCACGACCUCACGCAAAUCCUCACAACCUUGCUGAGUGCUCCUCGCUCGGAGCCGGCAUAUAUAGCCAUUGCAAGCACGAUCAUCCGGGCCUGGAAUCGGGCCAUGCUGCGUGGCUUUCCGGCGGUCCCCGAAGGCCAGUUCUGCGGUGUUUCGGGCUGCAGUGCCGUCGACGCCACCGCCGAGUGGCUGCGAACCCCGUGUGCUAGAGUUGCCGAGCUGGACUUACGGAAAGCUUUCGAUAGCAUUGAUCAUUCAAUUGCUGUCUGUGCCGGAGCUGCCGCUGGGGUCGCAAAACCGGUUUUGGAGUUUUUUAAGUGCCUUGUUGGGUCAGCUCCUCGGUCCUGCAUGGUCCACGCUGUACCCCCGCCCAGAGCGGUGGAAGCUUCCUCUGGCCUGCCUGCCGGUGACCCCUGCUCUCCUCACUUCUUGGCUUACGUCCUCUCUCCAUGGACUAAGCUCAUGAAGACGCUGCCUGGUGUCCGGCCUUUCGCUUACAUGGACGACAGAUCUGUGACGGACUCAGGGGCUUCACUUCCCAGAGCUCUCCAACUGACUGCUUGGAGUGACCAGCGGCUCGGUUUGGUUGAGCACACGGGCAAGCGCCAGGAGUGGUGCCGUGCUGACCCGCAAGCGCGCAACGUCGACGAGCUUCUUUGCUAUCUCGCCUAUGCCGUUGGUGGUUUGCCUGGCAGCAUGGAGGCCCGUGAGCAAAUGCUGUUGGCUUUGGUGCUCCCAAAGGUCACCUGGGCGUCGCCGCUGCUGCCUCAGGUCGCUGCCUCUGUUGUUCAAGCCUUCUUUCGGGCCUGCCGCAGCUCUUGUACUUGGUGGUGCAAAGGCAGGGUGUGGGCCGAUCACGUCACGCUGCACCCGCAGUACGCGACAGCCAUCAAAUGCCUCAGCGCGGCUUCUGCUCAGAUGGCUCGUGCUUGUCCUGUGCUCACCGCCGCCGUUGAGCACCAUGCUGCUGUCCUGGACUUGGACGUGCACAGCACCGCCCGCGGCCUGCGGAGGCAUCCCGGACAUGCCUUGCCACGCUUCGAAGCGGCUGCUGAUGAGGGCCACACCCUGAGAGUCGUGGCUCGUGCGCUGGCCUUGCACAGCAUCAACCUCGAGCGAGAAGAUUCUGAAGGCGCCCAGUCUGUAGAUCUGGAGGUGCAGUCGCAUCGCGACUGGGUCCGCUGGAAGCGCAGUUUGGUUUUUCCCCAAAGUUCGUUCUUACGCAUCUGGCGGGGCGGAGCCGUCUUAACACGGACGCGCAGGUGGUAUGGGCAGCCAGCGCUGACUCAGUGCAACUGCGGUGCUGCACUUGCGUCAGCCAGGCAUAUGUUUGCUGAGUGCCCGCUCCUCGAUGCUGAGCGCGCACGCUUAGCUCAGCAGUACAGCAUCCCUCAGGACUGGUGGGCCUCUCAGCCACGGAUCACAGCGAAGUCUGGCUGGAUCACGAAGGGUGCUGGAGCCUCAGAGGGGGAGCGCGCUGGCAGGCAGAUCGCUGCGUGCUCUCUAGGCAUCGCCAUAGUGCAACUGGGUGGCAUGGCUUCUGAGGCCGUGUACUGCUCACCGAACCUCUCCACGGCCCGCUGGUAUGCGCGGCCGCAGAUCCUCUUCGGCGACAAAGUGUAUCACCGAGUGAUCUUCGAGCUACGGGUAAACACAGAGAAGCGCAUCCGGAACCGGCAGUACGACUCUCAGAUUGUUGUGUUGCUGGAAGCCGAAAUCGCAUGCCGUGAGCUUUCCAGGCGCGGUGGCGUGCAGUGGAUAUUCAAGCCGGAUUCGGUGUCUCUGCAGGCCAUUUGGGUGCAGAGGCCCACGUCCAACAGCAUGCUGGGGAGCACGCGGGCAGUGCGGGAAGAUGCGCAAAAGACCAGGAACGCACCCCCGAAGAAUGGAGAGGAAAGGAUCAACGACUGGGACAGCUAUCAGGGAUUGCAAUUCUCGCGCUGCACCACUCUUCUGGAGCCAUUCACGGCGGAUGUGCCUGGCAAGACGGUAGCAUCUGAAACCAAAACGUCGAGCACAUGGAACGAUGCGCCCAAGGUAAACCCGCGAACGUGCGAUUGGUCUGAUGCGGAAGAAGACCAAGAAGGCGAAGCAGAGGAGGACGACGAGGAGAUUUCUAGUUCUCCAGUGCGCGAGCGCGAGCUCGUGCGACUGGAUGGAAUGAGCCAGGAGGAUAUUCCCCCGCACCUGUUGGGCACUAAUCAGUCGGAUGCCCAGCCGGCCGAGGCAGCCAAAGAAGCUCCCACCGGCUGUGGCCGUGACUCAUGGCCCGUUACAAGCAAGGAGGAGCGUCAGCCAGAGUCGCGCCUUAUCCAAUCCGGCAAGAGUCCGAAGACAGGACGACAUUGUCAGUGCAAGGUGCCUCAGGCUGGCCUGCCCGUCUUGCCACGACAACGCCGGCCGCUGCCAGGAUGCCGCCACGGCUUCUUGCCAGCCCUGCCCAAGGAGACACAGCUCCAAGUCUAUGGCCUAGUGUCUCAUCUUCAUUGUAUCCUUCGGAAAUGGCUUGGGGGCUUGCCCAGCGAAAGCUCGCAUCACGGCAUUCGCAAGACACAGUUGCAAGAAGUGGAGAUGUGUUUCAAGGAGUUUUCCAGUCUGCAGGUCGGAGGAGUGGCCCGGGAGGCCGUGGCCCGUCGAGCGGGCCGGCACCCUAUCGUGCAGCGGGGACUGCCGACAAUUUUCCAGGCAGACUCUGAGCCAGCAGCCGGCUCCGUGGGCAAAGCCUUCGAGCAGGCUGGGACCCUGGGAUCUCCGGUGGCUACCAAUUGGAUCCUGAGCUCAAAGGGGAUGGUGGACAUCAAAGGCGUGAAGCGUUACCUAGCCUCGACGGGCUACGGAGUCACAACCUUCGAUGGUGUGUACAACGCAUUGCGGGACUUUCUCCGCGCGGAUGCUAGCUGGAGUGAGAUAAAGACCUUCGAUCGCCUUAGCUUUGCAAUGCAUGCGGACUAUGAUAGGGUGGAAAGCUGGUGCCCCGCAGCCACACCUGUGGCGCUGGUUGCCGCCGCCUUUUCCAUUAUUCUGAGGAUGUUCCCUGUGGCUUCAGCUGACACGCCACUGGCGCUUCUGCAACCAUGGAUGGGGGAGGCAAACUCAUCAAUGAACAUGGCCUUCGACGUUUUCAGCGAUCACGACCGUGAUGUUCCCGGGUCCUCAGCAACGGUCAGAAACUUGUUGCAGACUGCGCGCAAAAAGUUCGAUGAUAUUUUGAUUGAGCUCAGGGAUGCCGGAGCGGCAUUCGGGAUUGACUGGAUGUCGCAGGAGAGGACCUUUUACCGCGACUGGAAAGCAGUCGGACAGAUUCUUGGACCUGGAGCUAUUUAUUUUCCAGUUGCCGGUACCCUUAUCGGCCUCAUGCGGCACGGAAGAACAGUGGGUUCGUUGACGGAGGGGAAGAUAGACGUGGUUGACAGAGACGUCGAUUUGUACCUGGUGCUGCCAUCGGCAAAGGCAUAUCUUUCGUUUUGUUUUGCGAUGACGCAGAGUUUGAGGCGUGUAGGAUGGCUCGGCUGUAGUCUGAAAUGGCGACAAGAUUGGAGCCAAACAACUUUGCCGCAUGUUGACGAAGUCUUUGACUUCAGGAGAUCCUUCACGCUUCAGUGCCAUCUGCUCGGAGACCAGGGAGAUUCACUUUUGGAAAUCAAGUGGCUAAUGCCGGUCGUCUCUUUGCCAAGCCCAUGCCCGCAGAAUCUCACAGAUGCACUUCUCCCCAGUUUGUUAGAGAACCCGCACUUUGACGCCAUUUCCUGCUGUGGUGGAGUACGGCUCAUGCCCAAAAACAUUAACGUCAGCUCCGUGCCGAGAAACGUUGCGAUUACCACCGGCGAAUCCGACCUCUACCAUGCCGGUGGGUCUUGCCUGGCCUUGCCUGACUUGGCAUGCCCCGGACAUGGCCUCACGGAUGCAGAUGUGCAGGUGUUGGUCUCACGCAUGCUUGAGAUGAGACGCUGCUCGGAAGGUUGGGGUAGUAGCCGACUGCCGACAACUGCACGGACAUCAGGUUUGAAUGCCAAGGGUGAGCCGAAGGCGUGGCAGCGGUUGUCAAUUGUGCUUGAAGUAAUGGCUCAAGAUGCCGAGCAGUUGGACAACGAAGCACAUGUAAAGAAAGACCUAACACCUCAGUUCGUGAACUGUGACCUUGCGGACAACAAAUAUUCUGGGAUUAUCCGUGAGGAUCACCUGGGCUCUCAGUUUCUCGAAGGGCUCUCCUCCACAUACAUCUGGUCAACCGGCACCAAGUACGAAGGGCCUUUCAUUGCAAGCCAGAUUGAGGGCCGUGGCAAAUUUACCUGGCCCGAUGGAUCCAAGUACGAGGGAGAACUAUUAGGGGGAAGGCGGAAUGGCGAUGGCGCCUACGAAGCACUUGACGGCAAGACUCGCUACGAUGGCCAGUGGCUGGAUGGCAAGCGGCACGGGCAAGGCAAGCUCACCUACAACUCCGACACCACCUCAUAUUACGACGGUGGGUGGCAGGCUGGCCAGAAACAUGGCUAUGGAAAGCAGUUGUGGCCAAGCGGAAACUGCUACGAAGGAGAAUGGAAGCUCGGAAAAAUGAGUGGACAUGGAACCAUGAUCUGGAGAAACGGAACUAGUGCUGAAGUCUACACUGGUGAGUGGGUGGACAACUGCCCGCAUGGCGAAGGCACGCACACCUGGCUCACGAUGGACCCGAGCACCGAUGCCGCGACCACGGAGAGCUGGUUGAAUCGACCGGCAUCUCCGCCUUCUGCGCAGGUCACGGGCUCGCCUGGCUUCAACUCACAGCAGGAGCUGCGCCGACAUGAAGCUCAAAUUCACGCCACGCAACAGCUCAACAAUCGCUACACUGGCCAGUGGGUGUGGGGCCGACGGGAGGGUACUGGAACCUUCUACUAUGCAAAUGGCGCCUAUUACCAUGGCGAAUGGAAGGGCAACGUCAAGGAAGGUCAUGGUCGGCACACCUUCGACGAUGGCAAAGUGUACGACGGGAAGUUUGAGGCAGACCGCAUGGUGGAUUACAGCCGCCCCGAACCUUCUGCGAAGAGUUUGGACGACAAUCCUAUUUGUGGUUGCACAGAUAUCUCCGACAUGGAAGUUAUCUUGAGGCCAUCGGACAAAGCCGGCUUCACACAGACACCUGGGUCAGGUUACAGCGACCCUGUGAAGAUCUUGAAGGGCAUCUACAACGUCCUCCUGAGGAAUCUGGGAGAUCUUCGUGAGGGGUAUUCGCGCUCCCGAUCGGUACAGCCUCAGCUCGGCGAGGAUCCGCAUGUCAUGACCCUCGUGCAGUUCUGGAGCCUCGCCCGAGAUUCCGGCAUCCUUACGCCCCAGAGCUCCAUCGCCCGUUUCGACCGCGCGAUCUUCUCUGGUCCGAGGCACCAGAGUGAAAUGGCGCCGGAAGACGAGCAGGAAAUCGCAGAGUUGUUCGAGCCAUCCGAGAAGAUGGCGACGAUCUCUCUACCUAGGACAGGCUCAUCCUCCUCUUCGAAGACCGUGGAGGCCGAUGAGGAGAGUACCAGACAGGAAAGCAAGGAGCAAGACUUCUGGGAUGAGGCGACGGAGGCCUUGUACGACAUCUUCGAAGUGGGAGGAGCUUCGGGCAGUACUUUGGGAAGGAAGUUCCUUCGUUCCGACGAGUCAGAUGGAAACCUCGUGCACAUACAUGCUCCUGCCCGGCCGUUGCUGUUUCGGCAGUUUCUGGAAAGCUUUGUGCGCAUGGCGCCGAUGCGCUUUCCCAAAGAGCAGGGCCUGGAGCAGCAGGUGCAGCGGCUCUUCAAGGAGCAGGUGGCUCCCUGCUUGAAGAUGGUCUCUGGAAGCAAGUCCGAGGGCGGAGGACUCAUCAGCAUGCUUGCGAACUUUCGUCGUCCAGCGAGCUCCGCCUUCGGGCUCUUCACACAGCCGGAGGUCAGGGAGGUGGUCUACGAGCUGGAGCCGAUGCUCUGGAAGAUCUUCGUCGAGCUGUCGGGUGAUGCUUUCGCCAGCAAGGCGGCGAAGAGCAUCGGCGGCGGCGGGAUCUUCUCCGGAGCUGGCGGUCUUGGGGCGAACCCUUCCAACGCGAAGGCGCCACAGGCGGCGAAGCACCCAACGAGCCAGGCGACAGGGCCAAGCGAAGCGGAGUCGGGCUGGGCCUGCCACUGUCAGGCUCGGCUUCGCAGCUGGGGUUCGCCACUGCGUGAACUGCAUGUGCGUUCGAGGCUGACCGUGAGCCUACGUGUCAAGGAUGUCCUCCGGUUUCUGCAUGCCUUGGGCUUCCUGCAAAACACCUUGAUCAAAGAGCAGCACCGGCCCCUCACCGAAGUGCUGUCUGGCUCUGAGGGGGACGCUGUCAACAACCUUCUCAACCCUUUGGGCAGCGGCUUAUCUCAAGAAGAGCCUCCGGAGGAAGAGAACCCGAGUGAGGAUGACGAAGGCUCCGGCGGCAGCGCAGCGCCCGAGGAGGACGAGGACGUCGGCACCAAGCAGCUCCCCGGGCUUUCCAUCAGCUUCAUGCCCAAGGGCUCGCUCUUAGGCGGUAGUGCGAAAGAUGAGAAGAAGCGGAAAGACAAGGAAAAGAAGGAUAAGAAAGAGGAGAAGGAAGUGCGCACUCCGGCCGAAGACCUGGGCUGCAUCAACUUGAUGGUCGACGUCGUCGAAGUCUUGAGAAUUCUGGCCCAGGUGUUUUCACCUCCUGUCAUGGAGACCCUGCACUGGGAGCCGGACAACCUGAAGGAGGCUAGUGGGCUUGACGAGAACGUGUCCAUUCUGGAGUUCAUGGAGACAGAGGUGACCUUCGCCGAGUUUAUGCGACUUCUCUUCCUGAUGGCAGAGUUCACGACGCGAAGGGACUACAAGUUCUGCAGGAACGUUUCCUUGACCACCCGGCUUGACGUCUUCCUGAAAAACGUCAUCACCUUCUGCCAGAAGGGCGGCAAGUACGUGCCACCCGACACUUCUGCGUCCGCCGCUGGCGAGAGCCGAAAGUCAGUCGCCUCGCGAACCGAGGCGAAGGCCGAAGAGGCUCCGGCUCCAGAUGCUACCAGCGAGGAGCAGUGGCUCGGCUUCGACGACGAGGGCGAGAGCUGCGCUCUGCGGAGGUGGCCGGAAGGCUAUGAGAAUGAGGUCGCGGACUGGUGA